CAGAGAAGCGCAUAAGACGAUUCCUCACGAUGCUGUUGCUGCACACUUUGCCGCCUUUUCUGAGGCUAGAGUAGUAUUUGCAAUGUGGAGAGAACCAACGUAUUUCUAGGCCCUUGGUCAAAUAGAUUCAUCUUCUCCGUUCUAGAAUAUCUGGGCUUGAUUCUUUUCACUCUCAUCCCCGAACUCAUUGAGAAGCGAUCCGCCUACAUAUAUCAUCCCUGAUCACCACCCCUCAUCAAUGAAGUCCUUCUCAUUCUGGCUAUCCAUCAUCAUUGGAAUCGCAUCGAUUGUAAGCUUUCGAGAAUACAUAGUGGGCGUAGCAUUCGCGACAGCAACGAGCUUCUUCAACUCUUUGAGUAAUACUUGGAACGGAAGCAUAUUCGACCUUGAUCCCAAGUCUUCGCAGCAACAAGAAUCACAAGUAGACAAUCACCUUUACGCCACCGACAUGUCUGUCCCUCGCGCGAUCCGCAAGGUCUUUUUGGCCGUUGAACAGGCUGAGGGUGCUGGUGCUCGCGUUCGUCGCUCAAUCGGCACGCCUCAGCUCAAGAACUUUUCACCCUUUUUGAUGCUUGACCACUUCCGUAUCGCCCCCGGCUCGGGCUUUCCGGACCACCCCCACCGCGGUCAGGAGACAAUCACUUACCUCCUCCACGGCGGUGUCGACCACGAGGACUUUGCCGGCAACAAGGGCACCAUCGAGGCCGGCGACCUGCAAUUCAUGACGGCCGGCCGCGGCAUCAUGCAUGCCGAGAUGCCCAAGCAGAACCCAGACGGCAGCGCCAACGUCGGUCUGCAGCUGUGGGUGGACCUGCCCAAGCACCUAAAGGCCUGCGAGCCGCGGUACCGCGAUCUGCGGGCCAAAGAGAUCCCCACCGUCGACGUCGACGGCGGCAAGGUCCACGUCAAGGUCAUCUCGGGCCAGAGCCACGGGGUCGACUCGGUGCGAGACCUGGCGUACACGCCCGUGUGGAUCUUGGAUGUUCAGAUCAAGCCCGGCGGCCGGAUCGCGCAGCCGGUGCCCAAGGGGUGGAACGCUUUUGCGUACACGCUCGAGGGACAGGCCAUUUUUGGCGAGGGGACGCAGAAGAGGGCGGUGGAAGAGUUCCACAAUGUAGUUUUUGAGGAGGAGGGCGAGAUCGUCAACGUCGAGGUUGAUGCCGGUGCGGACAAGGACGCGAGAUUCGUCCUUAUUGCUGGGACGCCCCUUGACCAGGAGGUCGUGCAAUACGGCCCCUUUGUCCUGAGUUCCAAGGCCGAGGUAUAUCAAGCUCUCAUGGACUACCAGACUCACUCCAAUGGGUUCGAGAGGGCCGAGGGCUGGCAGAGUGAAAUUGGAAAGUCUAUGAUUGAAUAAGACGAUGGGAUUUUGCACCUGCUAUCCGUGUUUCGUUUAUAAUUUAGAGGCAUCAUGUAUUUUCAUACUUGGCAUCGAGCGGAGGAGCAAUUUCUUGGACUGACAGCAUCUUAAGGCAGGCAAUCGAAAGUUGGAUGAGAUACCACGAA